AUGUUUGGGGAUCUGAGAGCCGUUGAUGGUCUGACGUUAGGGGUACGAAACAGCGAAUGCUUUGGACUGCUAGGUACGAACGGCGCUGGAAAGACAACUACUUUCGACAUACUUACGGGUCAAUCAUUUGCCACAUCUGGAACCGCCCGUAUCGGCAAAAAGGACGUGACGAAGCAGAUUUGUAUCGGUUAUUGUCCGCAAUUUGACGCACUUCUUUUGGAUCUGACUGGAAGGGAAUCUCUAGAGGUAUUCAUUUGUUUUCAAAUCAGUGAUGAUGAUUUUGGAGGGCAACGUCGGAAAAUAAGCGUUGGUCUAGCAAUGCUUGCUCCAACACGGAUUAUCAUUCUGGAUGAACCUACUGCUGGAAUCGAUCCUAAAGCUCGUCGUGAGAUUUGGAAGGCCUUAUCAGUUAUACGUGAUAGCACGGAAACAGCUCUACUGCUAACAUCUCAUAGCAUGGACGAAUGUGAAGCGUUGUGUAGUCGGAUUGCGAUUCUGCACAGGGGCCGAGUGGUGGCGAUUGGGACGAGCCAGCAGUUGAAAUCGAGAUUUGGGAAUAGCUAUACAAUCUCGAUGGUCGCACCGGGACUGGAAUCUCGUGAUGCUGUCAUUGACGCGGUGAAAGAAGCAUUUCCUAAAGCUGUUCUGAAAACACCUAAAGGAAGCCUUACUCUCAGUUUGAAGUGGGAGGUACGAAUUCCGAAGUCCGAAUCGGAUCGGUGGUCGACGCUGUUCCGCGACGUCCAAACUCUGGCCAAGUCACUGGGAGUUACUGAUUAUUGUGUGGCGCAAUCCUCACUCGAAGAGACCUUCCUGAGACUUUCCCUGGACAGCGAAACUGUUGACACCAACAGCAGUUCAAGUCGUUGA